GUCAAGUCAAUGAGCAUUUAUUAAGUGCCUGUUUAUGUGUCAAAGGAUGUACUAAGUGCUGGAUGUACAAAAGGCAAAAAACAGUCCCUGCUCUGAAGGAGCUCACAAUCUAAUGGCAGAGACAACAUGGAACAACUCUGUACAGAUAAAGUAUAAGUGGAAUAAAUUAGAACUAAUCGGUAAAAGGUAGGUAUGAGAAUCAAGGGCAAUUAAGAAAGGCUAUGAAUCUGUGGCAGAGAAAUUAAGAAGAGAGAUGACUUGGGAAGGAAAAAAAAUGAAGCAAUUAUCUAACAAUGGUUCUUUGAGGUGGGUACCACAGGUGUUAUUAUGACCAUUUUAUGGAUGAGUUAAAACUUAAAACUCACAGACUUAUCCAUCAUCACACAGAGUAAAAAGGAUGACCAGACUUUGAAACCAGGGCUGCUGACUCUACUGAAUUUGCCAUAGAUCAAAAUGCUAAAUUGAGGGAGCCUUCAUUUUACAGGAAUUAACUGACUUGCAGAGGGACCCUCCCGCCCAGUGCUCAGCAGGACCCGUGGGUGAUGAUUUAUUCCACUGGCAGGCCACCAUCAUGGGCCCGAGUGAUAGUCCUUACCAGGGCGGUGUUUUCUUCCUGACUAUUCACUUCCCUACAGAUUACCCUUUCAAACCGCCAAAGGUUGCUUUUACAACCAAAAUUUAUCACCCUAACAUCAACAGCAAUGGCAGUAUCUGUCUUGACAUCCUGAGAUCUCAAUGGUCUCCAGCAUUAACAGUAUCAAAAGUUCUGUUAUCCAUCUGUUCCCUGCUCUGUGACCCCAACCCAGAUGACCCUCUGGUUCCUGAGAUAGCCCACACCUACAAAGCAGACCGAGAGAAGUAUAACAGAUUGGCCAGAGAAUGGACACAGAAAUAUGCCAUGUAAAUGCCAUGAAGACUCGACUCUUUUCAGGCUAGGAAGUUAACCUUUCAGCAUGGUCUCUUAGUGGAAUCUUUGGGUUGUCCACUGUUUACUUGAUGUCAUGAGCCAUUUGCAAAGAGUCUCCUACUCUGUGAACGGACCCUGGUUUCCCUUUCGCUUUUGUCUCAACAUAGAGGUACCAUCUGUAACCAUUUGGGUUCUGAGAACUUCAUGCCUUUGAUGCCAAAAUCAGUAGCCACUUUCAUUUACUGAUUUUUAGCCUGGUUCAACUGGAAUCUACCUUUCACUCAGAUUCCCUCGACCUUCUCUUGGAAUGGCAGAAAUGCACGCAUUCCUUCCUUCAGUCUUUCCUCAGGGUGAUGUAUGCUAUGCCCUUCACGCUGCACAACUGGAGCUGAGCAGCUUCCUGAUUAACUGUCCUAUUAGAACCAAGUACUAGCCUGGUGUGCCCAAGAGAGAGCCAGACAAGAUUUCCCCUCGUUUUCUGUUUCCUGAAGAACUCCAUCCAAAGAGAAAUCCCAACCCCAAAGACAUUGUGUGGGAUUAGGAAUGAUUUUGCUGUGAAAUGAAUGAGUGGCUGGGUUUUUCCACUGUCUCCAAGUAAAGGAAGACUCUGGGAUUGACUAGUCUUUUUAUGCAGUAGUAAUCACAGUCUCACUUUUUAGAUUGAGAAGCAGGAGAUCCAAAGCACCAAUUUAUAAUGGCCAAGCACUUCAUCUCCACUCUCACUAAAAGUAUUACCAGGAAAAAAAAUCAUGAGAUCUGGUAAGAUUGUAGGAUCAUGUCAUUUGAAGAUCAUGGAAGAUGCUGAGAUUCUGCAAACAAAAAAAAGGAAGUUAGAAGGUGGAGAGCAUUUCACUUGUUAGAUUAAAAAAAAAGUAUAGAAAGAUAGCCUUUUGGGAGAGAGACUUCUUUUGUACAUAUACUUGUAAUUUUUCCCUUUGAAAUCAUCAUUGAAUUAUCCAGAGGGAAGGCUCCACUUUUAUGUUCACAUUGCUCUUUUCACUCAGAAGAAAAGAAUUGGAAAAACUGUACAGGUUCUUCAGAAACCUCAACGGGAAUGGUUCAUUGGGCAUUUUGGCUCAAUUAGCUUUCAGGUUUAAACAUUUUUUAUUAGAAUUGGAAUAAAUGAAGAAGUAAGGCAUUGGUUGCCUUUAGAGUUUUGUGAGAAUUCUAGCAAGAAAAUGAGCAGAUUGGGUUUGUUUUUUUAACCUUAGCUAAAAUUUCUCAAAGAGAAGCAAAAUGCAUUUUUUCAAACUCCAAGAUAAUGAUUUACUUGUCUCUGUUCUCCCCUGGCUCUCAGAGCUGCUUUGCAUUCCUUGGGUUACUCCACAAUAAAAUAAUGUUUUGGAGAGUACAUGGAAGCCGAAUGACAGCAAAACUAUGCAACUAGCAAUGAUCCAGUCAGGCAAUUGCAGGUUUAAAGAGAAGGUAAAGAAGAUGGAUCUGUUGGACCUUGAACUUGAAGGGCAGCUAAUUAUUAUUCUGAAAAAUUGGCUUAGUUCAGAGACUCAGAAGUGGUCAUUAUCUUAUUGCCAAAAGAUUUUGCAGGUGAAGCUCACCAAGGUCAGCUCCUUGUAGGAGAGGAGCAGCUGGGAUGAGUUUCAGCCCCUGUCCAACUGGUCUCCUAUCGCCAUAAGUCAGUGUUUUCUUGUCUUAGGAUUUCUUGUGUCCUGAAUCCUUUGACUUUUGCCAUAAUGAAGUUUGCACCCUCUUGUCUCUUUACUCCUUUUCAGGCUUUUUUAAACUAACCAAUAAAUUAAAAAUUUUAAACAUAUCAGGUAUAAAGAUUGUGUAGCAUACUAUUAUUAUGGUGUUAGUAUAGAGUGAGUCACUAUAAGGAAUGAAGUGGCAAUAAUGACAUGGGGCUUUGUGCUUUGUUCACUCACUGGUUACAUUGCAUCUUGUAUCUAAGGAUCACAAAGCACUUUACAGAGACAACUUAUGUAGCACAUUGUGAGAAGGAGAAGAAAGAAUUGAUUCUCAUUUUGCUGAUGGGAUAUGAAGACCCAGAGAGGGGAAGGUCCAGUGCUACCCACUAGACCGGAAGCCAAAAUGAACCACAGAAUGUAAGAGGGAGAAGAAAUCUUAAGAGAUCCAGUGUCCCAGUUUUACAAACAGAGCUUGCUUGAAGUUAUAUAGUAUGGACUUAACAACAUAGUGACUACUAAAAAAAAGUCUUUUUAAAAAAAGUUUUUUUUUUAACCAGUUCAAACAGAUUUCUUAAAUUAAGUCUUCCUUCUACUGAGGAGGUUCCAUGGGAAUAAAACAAGGGAAAUCAGAUCCUUGUUUCCUCCACCUCCUCCUCCAACAUCUAUCUUUACUCAGUCUUUGCUGGAAGGUAUUGGCAAGCCUAAACUAGACCCUGGAGUUUCAGAGAGUCCUGAACUGAAGCCACAGUGAACAUGUCAUCUUUACCCCAGCUAGUCCAGCUGGUUCUUUCCCUAGUAAAGUCAUCAGACCUGUCGUCUCUCAAGGGCAGAAGCGGUUGUGUAUAGAGUUAGACGAGACUGUAGAAAUCAUGUGGUCUAACCUGCUUCUUUGACAGUAAGGAAAUUGGUGUGGGAAAAAUGCGUCCUGUUCCACAGGGUAAAGAGGUUUUGUUUCCAGAUGGAUUGAAUCAUCAGCUCCCUGCAUUAGGACCUCCUUCCAGAGGAAGAGACCCAAGUUUGCCAUGGAAUAGCCAGCUUUGCAGCUUUUCCCUUCCUUUUCCUAAAGGCGUGAUUGGUAUCUAUAAUCCAGGUAGACUAACUUGUCAUUUUCCUAGGACCUCACCAUUUGGAAUUCUGGAUGCCAGAGAGAGUCAUCUUGGCAUCCUUGGAUUUUACAGAAAGUGAAUUUGGGAAAUUUGCAAACACCCUCCUGUUAGGACAGAGAAGGAAGAGGGAGGUGGCUUUUCAGAUCAGUCUGACCAGAGAGGCAUUUCACCAGGCUGUGCUGCCCUGACAAGCAGCUGCAAGCUUGGUUCUAAGCUACCUCAUCACACUUUCUUAGGGAUUUCUUGAAAAGCCAAUGCCAGCCUUCUCAGAGGGGCACAUUGGCAGCUUUCCAUGCUCACUGGCUCUCAGUUGCCAGUGGAAUUUAGGAGGGGGGCGUCCAAGGUGAUAUAGAUUCUAUUCUCCCAUUCUCUUUAUGACUCAUUCUAGUUGUUUUGGUGUAUUUCCUCCCUAGUAAUGCUGGAGGGAAGUGGGGAAACCAUAGCUCACUUGUCUGGGAGAGUGCUAGCUGUGCCCUCUGAAGAAAGUAGAAAUUGCAAUUCACCUAUCCCUGGGUAUAGGUCACCAAUUAAUACUGAGGUCAAAGGGGUUCAAGCUUCCUGUAGCCUGAGCUCAGACCUCUUUCAGAUUUUCUCUUAGAGUGUGCUUGUGUCUCCUACCUUGGUGUCACCUUCGAGAAAUAGGACAGAUAGUGGAGAACCUGCUAGUCUCCUUCAUGGAAGUUUGCUGACUUCAGUCCCAAAGUUUUCCUGAUUUUGAUCUAGGAAAGGCUAUCAGUGUCUUAUCUAGUACCCCGCUGAGAGUUCAUGAAAUAUUCAUACCAGAGAAAUGAAUGCAUUUUGUAUAGCUUCCUUGAUUUCCUGAAAAGUGAUUGAUCCUCACCACUCCAAGGGUAUUCCACUGCUCACUGAGCCUCAGCUGCCCUCUGAAAAGCUAAGUUUUACCUUCUAAGAGCAAGAAAUUUAUGUUGACUAAAUCAAAGGUUCUUAAACUGGUUGUAAACUGAAUGUGGAGGUUAUGAAAUUAUGAUUUAUUAUCAGUAAAUAUACCUAUUUUAUAUAUUUGUAUACCUGGGAUUGCAUAAUAAUUUCUUGGUCAAAAAGGGAUUGUGAUUGGAAAAAGUUCAAGAAGUCUUGGGCUAAGAAAGUGCUACCUCCUCCUUAACCCCCCAAAUGAACAAAGUACCUGUUCAUAGUAAAAUAGACAGAUUUAACCUUGAGCUGCCAUGAAUGAAACAGCCAGGAGCCUAUUUAUCAAGUUAUCCACAUUAGAAACUGUGUUGAUUUAUUCUACCUUUUUUGAGCACCCCAAUGCUUGCAUAGCAUUGGUUGCUACUGCAGGGAAAGGGCUGGCCAUCAAAGAGAGUCCAGCCCUCUAAAAGUUUACAGUCUAGUUAGUUGGAAAUUCAGGUAUGCACAUAAAGCAGUAUGAAUGUUUAAAAAAAAAUCAGGAUCAUUUGGAGAUAAGUGUGAGGAAAGCCUUGUAGAGACUUGAAUUAAAACUUGGUAGAAGGCAUCUAUCUGUAUGGUGAGGGACUGGAGGCCUGGCCCAAGCCAAAGCUUAGAGUGAGAAAUAAGAUUUCUUUGGGAAUCAUCAAGGAAAGCUGUCCUUGUUGGAAUAAAUGAUUCAUAUCGGGGAGUAGGGAAAGAUAGAGGUCUCUGGGUUUAUGGGGGAGGGCUUCAUGGAGGAAGCUUUAGGGUUCUAGCCACCAUUCCCUUGUCUUCCCUUGGCAUAGCUAAGGAAAAAAGUAAAGAUCUACUAUGUUCAUGUAGGAAGAAAAGGGAGAAAACCCAUCAGAAUCUGGCUGCCUGCCUCAAAUGUGUGGGUCUGUCUCUGGCCUGUGUAUCAAGAAGCAAUAACUAUCUUUCUCAGGUCAUUGUGGACUGUAUCUUCUAGCCCUGAAAAUAGCGGGGCAGAUCAGUUAGCCUAGGAAGCCUUGGGACUAUUUCAUGCCAGGCCAAAGUAUGCAAACUGAGUCAGCCAGUACAGAUCGUUGGGAGCCACUUCUUUAGUUUGUAUUUUCUUUUAACCUGUGAAAUGCUAAGAGGUAGUUGUCCUUGAAUGUGUCAUAAAUUCAGAGUAUGUUGGUCACAUUAAAGAACAUACUGGUAUUAGGUUGUUUACUCUGUGUUAAAGUAUAAAAUGUCAGACUAAAACAAGCUUACCACUGAACUCAAUUUGCAGAAAUUGCCAUCCUCCUUGUGAUUUUGCUUCUAUUUGUGUGUGUGAGUCACCAGCCCACCCUCCAUUUUCUUUAGAUCUCUUCCUAUCUAAAGACUGUACCCCCAGGGAAUGGGGGCAGAUGUGUGCACAUUGCCUGGGCUUUGGGCAUUAUGUGAAAAUCCCAAGAAACUGGAAAGACUUAUGUUGUAGGGAUGAGGUCAUCCAUACUUUGGACUGCAGAAAGGACUGAGCCAUCAAGAAAUGCCAUAUUUCCUCUUCCCUUCUUUGGAGGGAUCUGUCUCUUCCUGGAAGCCCAGAUGGACUCUAUUAACAGAACUUCAGUCUGCUGUCUCUUGAAGCUGUCUUGGGUCUGCUUGUCAUGGCCGCCCCCAGAAGAAAGCACACCAUGAUGUGUAGUCGCAUAGAAUUGCAAUCAAACCUGAGAAACCCUUGGGUUUUUUCACUGCGGACUGGUUGGGAGCUCCUCCAGUUGCCUAGCACACUCAUUUUUCCCUACCCUUCCUCCCUUAUUUUCCCCCUCCACUGCCAUCCAGUGCUUGUUACUGUUCAAACCACAACACCCACUUACUGUGAAGAGUUUGUGUCUUUUUUUUUUCUCAAGAUUGUGAAGUAUCUAUUUACUAAACCAUACUUGCCAUUUGCCAUGCACCAUGUAGAAUGGACGUGAUUCCUUUUUAAGCUAGGAAAAGCAGAGUCUGAAACCUCUCCAACCUCUGCAAUACUGUGGCCACAUGUUGGUUUGAGCAGGGAAAUGUCAUCUCGGAAUUCUGCUGAAAUACGACUUUAUUGCUAACUGUGAAUCUUCUGUUGAUGCAUAAGUUAAAUAAACAGUGGUCCUUUCUUACUGGUCUU